AUGGCAGAGUCGAGCGCUACUGUCGAUGCCUCCACGGUGGAGCAGGGGACUGACAUGGCCAUGGCGAAGCGAGUGUUGCGCAAGAUCGACAUGCGACUCAUUCCCUUGUUAUUUUUCACCUAUAUGCUCAACUUUAUGGACAAGACGAUUUUGUCGAGUGCUUCGGUCUUUGGUCUAACCGAAGACACGGGCCUGGUGGGGCAGCAGUAUAGCUGGGUUUCUUCAAUCUUCUACUUUGGAUAUUUGGGAUGGGCAUAUCCCACCACGCUGCUUAUUGCUCGCCUACCGACUGCUAAAUAUUUGACUGCCAACACACUGUUCUGGGGCGCUGUGGUAGCUCUCACUGCGGCAUGCACCAACUUCGGUGGCCUCAUGACGGUUCGUUUCCUCCUGGGAGUCGCCGAGGCAACUAUUACUCCGGCAUUUAUGUUUAUUACAUCGACGUGGUACACGCGUGAUGAGAUCCCCACGAGAACGGGCAUGUGGUUUGCUGGCAACAGUGUUGGAGGCAUCGCUGCCAGCCUUAUUGCGUAUGGAUUGGGACAUGUCGAUGACCAUGUCAGGCCAUGGAGAUGGAUGUUUAUUGUCCUCGGCAUAUUGACCUUCCUCUGGGGAUUCGCUAUCUGGAUGUUCCUCCCAGAUUCUAUCUCGACAGCAAAGUUUCUCACAGAAGAGGAGCGUCAAUUCGCAGCUAACCGAGCUGUUAUCGCUGGAACAGGAGCAACAGAGAAGACUGCAUGGAAAUGGGAUCAGGUGGUUGAAUGCCUCCUGGAUCCCAAGACCUGGCUCAUUUUCGGACUGGAAAUUUUGACGCAAAUUCCAAAUGGAGGCACCCAAAACUUUGCCAACCUCGUGAUAAAGUCCUUUGGAUUUACUAGUCUCCAGUCUACACUGAUCACUAUUCCUUAUUCGCUGAUUACAGUGACUGCAAUCACUGGCUCCGGCUGGCUUGCUGGUCGUUUCCGCCAAAUGAACUGCCUGCUGAUCAUUGUGGUCAUCCUUCCAUGCGUGAUUGGCAGUGCGAUCAUUUAUUCCCGUGCCCACGUUGUGCUGGGAGUUCAACUCUUCGGCUACUUCCUGCUUUCAACUGGUCCUGCCGCGAUGCCUCUCGCAAUGUCGCUUGUGCAAGCGAAUUAUCGCGGAGUGACGAAGAAAAUGACCAUGACGGCUUUGCUCUUCCUCGCAUACUGCGCAGGAAACAUUUCGGGCCCCCAAUUUUUCCUCAGUCGUGAAGCCCCAACAUACGAUACCGCAUUCCGCACCAUUAUGAUCUGCUAUGCGUUGGCCGUUCUUCUCGCCCUGUGUCUACGAUUCUACUUGCAAUGGAUGAACGCUCGCCGCGUGCGAGUUGAGGGCUUCGAGGGAAGUGCAGGAAAUGCAGGAGCAGUCGGUGGUGGUAAGGUCUUGGACGUCGAUCCAAACGCGAAGAAUGUUGGGCAGAUGGUUAACCAGGUUCAAUUGGUAUCAAAUGACUAUGAAGAUGUCACGGAUUGGAAAACACCAGGGUUUAGGUAUCGAUUCUGA